GCUAAUCCCGCCCCAGUGUGGGGGUGCGGGGGGGGGCGGUGUUUGUGUGUGUGUGUGUGUUUCUCACCCCCCCCUUUCCCAGUCACCCCCCCCCCCCCCAUUCCCUUUCCCCCCCUCUCCUCACCCCCAUUCCGGGGGUGCCCCGUUCCGCGCCUCCCUUCCCGGCUCCUCCUUCGAGCAGCGGCGCUGGGAUCAGGCACCGCGUUGAACCUCUAAGUGUCGGUGCCCGGCGGGGUCCUCGCUGUGCGCCGCCCGUGCGGGGAUGUCCGGGAGACCCCGCGCCGGGCGCUGCUCAGACACCACGUUGACAUGGAUGAUGAAGACGGCCGGUGCCUGCUAGAUGUAAUCUGCGAUCCUCAGGCCUUGAACGACUUCCUCCAUGGAUCUGAAAAGAUUGACAGCGAUGAUCUCCUGGACAACACCGGAGAUGCAGCCAGCUCCUUCUUUGAAGGUGCUGGGCUCCAUGUCCAAGAGUCCUCUGGGAACCACCUAAGCACGGAGCAGAACCAGCCGGCGGCCAGCGUGGACCUGGACUUCUUAGAAGAUGACAUCUUGGGGUCCCCAUCCAGCACCGGGGCCAACCUGCCCAACUCGGACCAACCCUGCGACAUCCUCCAGCAGAGCCUCCAAGAGGCCAACAUCACCGAGCAGACCCUGGAGGCAGAAGCUGAGCUGGACCUGGGCUCCUUCCAGCUUCCCACCCUCCAACCGGUGGUGCAGGCAACGUCUGAUGGAACCCCCCAGAUCUUCUCUGGUGGGGCUGACCUCAUUGGGCUGCAGCAACCCACUGUCCUGACCCACCAAGCCCUGGUGCAGCAGUCGGUAGGAGCUGAUGUGGUCAACAAGGCCAUCAGCGUCCAGCCCUUCCUCCAGCAGGUCGGGUUGGGGAACGUCACCAUCCAACCCAUCUCCAACCUUCAAGGUCUGCCCAACGGGAGCCCCAGCGGGACGUUGGGCAUCGGGCCCAUACAAGUGGUGGGGCAGCAGGUGAUGGCCAUCAACCAGUCGGCGCAGCAGAUCAUUGCCAAGCAGGUCCAACCGUCCCAAGUGGCCACCAUGCCCGUUGGGAGCUACAUCACGCAGCCAGCGCCCGAGCAGCAGCAGGUCACCCUGGCCUCAACGGGCGUCUCUCCACAAGGUGCUGGUCUCGUCAUCCAGAAGAACCUGCCCACGGUGGCCACCACGACGCUCAAUGGCAAUUCCAUGUUCGGAAGCGUAGCCGGGACUCAAGGUUCCCAACCUCUCACUGUCACCUCCAACCUGAGCAGCCCUUUGGUGCAAGCCCAGAAUGUCAUCAUCCAUAGGACACCGACCCCGAUCCAACCCAAACCUGCCGGUGUCCUCCAGCAGAAGCUCUACCAGAUCACCCCCAAGCCCUUUGGUUCCAACAACACCACUUUGACCAUCCAGAACGAAGCUGCCCUCCAGCAGCAGAAGGCCCAGCAGAACCUGACCUUCAUGGCCAGCAAACCCGGGCAGAACGUGGUGCUCUCGGGCUUCCCCCAAGGGCUUCCAGCCAACGUCUUCAAGCAGCCGCCACCACAGCAACAAGCCCUCAGCAAACCCAUGAGUGUCCAUCUGCUGAACCAGGGCAGCAGCAUCGUCAUCCCAGCCCAACACGUCCCUCAGGCCAUGCUGCAGGGCCAGAACCAGUUCCUCCUCCCUGGACAACUCGCUGGUGCCUCCACCGUGCAGCUCCCGCAGCAGCUCUCGGCUCUUCAGGCCAACAUGGGGGGCCAGAUCUUGACCACUUCCCAUCCGGGUGGCCAAGCCCACAUCAUAACCAGCCAAGGGCCCGGUGGGCAACUCUUGACCAACCAAGCUUUGCCGGCGCAGCUCCUCACCAACCAGAACAUCACCAGUCAGCUGAACCUGGGCCAGGUCCUCACCUCGCAGAGCGCCCAUGGCACCGCUCACAUCCUCUCGGCUCCCAUCCAGCUCCAGGCUGGCCAGGUGGGACAACCAGCGCUCUUCCAGAUGCCCGUCUCCUUGGCCGGCAGCUUGAGCACCCAAAGCCAACCCGUGAUCCAAGGGGUGACGUUGCCCAACCAAGUGGCCAUGCUCAACGCCACCGAGAGCAUGGGGCAAGCGGUGAGCAUCCAACCUUCUGCUGCCACCAGCAGCCAAAGCCCCGGCCUUGGCCAAGCCCAAGCAAGCACAGGCACCAACCUGCUGGCCAGCACGGAGCAGGCGUCCAUCCUCACCGUCCAGACCUCCCAAGCGGCUCCUCUCCAGCUCAACGUCCCACCAGCACCUCCAGCCCAACAGCCCGUCACUUCCCAAGCCAGCCCCACUUUGGCUUCCAGCCCGGAGAAGAUCAUCCUGGGACAAGCGGCCCCUGGAGCUGUCAUCAACCAGGACUCCAUGCAGAUGUUCCUUCAGCAGCAGAAGCUCCCUGGAGCAUCCCCGUCCCCUUCGCUACCUCAUCCUCCCCUUGGGGACACCCCGCAGCUCCCGGCCUCCCACCUCUCCCAAAUCCCAUCCCGACCCCCUUCCCAACCCCAACCCCUUUCCCGACCCCCUUCCCAACCCCAAUCCCUAUCCCGGCCCCCUUCGGAGCCGCUCGCCCGGCCCUGCACCCCACAAGCCCCAUUGUACCUCAUUCCCAACCAGUUAUCCUCAUCCUCCUCCUCCUCAUCCCCCUUGGGGGGCGGGCAGCACCCGCUGCGUCCCCCAUCCCAGCCCCAAGCAGCAUUCCCGGCGGCACAGCCCGACGCUGAGAUCCCGCAUUCCCAUUCCCCCCACUUCCAGCUGCAAUUCCCAGCCCAAAGCCAGCUCAAGCCCCCUGCUCCCAGCCACGCUCUGCACCUAAGCACGGAGCAGCAGAGGAGCUUCCCGAUGGUCCCGAGCCAAUUCCAAACCCUCCCGGCUAUUCCCAAUCCCGCUCCUCAGCAGAAGCAAAUACUGGACAGGUUCCAGCAGGGCAUCAUCCUGCAGCCGAAGCAGCCCCCGGCCAGCCAGGCCCCCGCUGCGCUCGCCCCGUUCGGCACCUCAGCCCCCUCGGUGCUGGUGAGCGGCCAAGGGCAGCCGGUGACGGUGACGGUGACAACCACGACCACCACGGCCACCGCAGGAAUCACAGCCCCGGCGCCUGCCGAGAGCAAGACCUUCGCCAGUGUUUCCACCCCGAUUCCUGCUGGGAAAGGGGCCGUGGCCCAGGGAAAGCCGGGAACGCCACUUGCCAUACAGCAGCCAGUGCAGCCGAAGCCCGGAGUGAUCAGCUCCGUCCCGGGCCUGAACCUCGGGAAGGGCCCUUUGCAGAUCCAAGUGGUUGGAAAGGGAAUUCCACAGCUCGUGCCCUCAGUCCCUGUGCAAGGCCAGCAGCUGUACGACACCAAACUUGGCCUGAAGAAAGCCCCAACGCUCCAACCCAGCAAAGAAGCUUGUUUCCUGGAGCAGCUCCACAAGCACCAGGGUUCCGUGCUGCAUCCCGACUACAAGACGGCAUUCCGCUCCUUCAAUGAUGCCCUGCAGCGCCUCCUGCCCUACCACGUCUACCAGGGAAUGCUGCCCUCGGCCCACGACUACCGCAAGGUGGACGAGGAGUUCGAGGUGGUCUCCACGCAGCUGCUCAAGCGCACCCAGGCCAUGCUCAACAAGUACCGGCUGCUGCUGCUCGAGGAGUCGCGGAGGGUCAGCCCAUCAGCCGAGAUGGUGAUGAUCGACCGCAUGUUCAUCCAGGAGGAGAAGACCACACUGGCCCUCGACAAGCAGCUGGCCAAGGAGAAACCAGACGAGUACGUCUCCUCCUCAUCCCGCGCUCCCGGCCUCGCCUCCUCCUCUUCCUCAUCCUCCUCGGCCUUGACCUCGGUCUCCAGCACCACCCCAACCCCGGAGAGCCUGAAGGUGCCCCCGGCGCCCGCGCCCAUGGUCCACCCCACCAAACUGGUCAUCAAACACAGCGGAGGGUCCCCAUCGGUCACUUGGGCCAAAGCCACCCCGGCGCCGUUGGAUGGGGACGAGGACGCGCUUCCAUCCCGGAGCAAACCUCCCAUCAAGACCUACGAAGCCCGGAGCCGGAUCGGGCUCAAGCUGAAGAUCAAGCAGGAGGCCGGGCUGAGCAAAGUGGUCCAUAACACGGCCUUGGACCCCGUGCACCAACCUCCCAGCACGUGUAGGGUCAUCAGAGCCACCGGGGCCACCAUGAACGGCUCCAUUGACCACGGAGCGUCGGGGCCGAGCGAGAAGAAGCCGAUGGUGACCUAUUGCCGGUUGCCGCUGCGGAAAACCUACCGGGAGAACGUGGAUGCCUUCGUGGGGGAGAAGGGCCCCGAUCCCGGCUCCAAAGGCAGCAAAGCGGAGCAGAUCCCAGCGGGAAGCAACCUCAAGCAUGAGGAUGGCUCCCGGAGCGUCAUCACAUCCCAUAGGAGCCGGGAGAAGCCGAUGGAGAAGAGCCGCUUGGAGGAGAGCUCCAAGCUCUUGGUGCCGGCCAAGCCUGAAGACUCCACCAGUGGCCUUAUGAAGGAGCUCGCGGAGGUAGAAGAGGACUUUUACCAUGGGAUGAUCAAACCGGAACCUCCGGAUCAAAGCUCCGGGCCGGAACUCCAUUGGGAAGCGCCGUUCCCGGCGGCGAAGCGCCGCAAGUCGGAAUCCUUGGAAGUGGAUAACGCCAGCUUCUCCAGCGACAGCCCUCAAGACGAUGCCCUCAACGAGCAUCUCCAAAGCGCCAUCGACAGCAUCCUCAACCUCCAGCAGCAUCCCGGCGCUUCCCAAAGCAUCCGGACGCCUUCCUCUUCCUACAAUUCCUCCUCUUCCCCCUUUUCCUCGCCCGUCCACCGCACGGACACCUUCGUCGCUGCCCCCAACCACAACGGUGGCCUUGGAGCCAGGACGUUGACCAGAUAACAGAGGAAGCUCCUGCUUGGAUUCCCAUGGGAAAGGGUUGGGAAGAUGGGAAUGGGGAGGGGGGGGUGGUGGGAAAACUCCGGGAUGGAGACCCCGGAAAUACGGGGGGUUGGGGGGUGGAAAGGCGGCGGAAUUCCCGGCGCCGCGUGCUUUGCGUUGAAGCCCCCGUUUGGAUUCCGGAUUCCCAAGAGUGGGGUUAUUCCCGCUUUUCUAUGGUCCCAUCAACCCCCUUAGGAAAGAGGAGCUGGAGUUGGGGUUAUUCCAGGGUUUCGGGUCAUCCGGAGGGAAAAGCAGGGAAAGGAGGAAGCGCGACGGUGCGGUGGGUGCUGGAGGGGGAGGCAAAUCCCUGCGGCAAAGGGCUGGGAAUAGGGGUCUGCUUUUCCCUGUCCUCCCUCUGGAAAAGCUGAGGUUCUAAAGGGGGAAGCACCAAAACAAUGAGGAAUUCUCCACCCCUUCCCUAAAAACACCCAAUCCGGAAGUAUUCGUCAUUCCCGCUCUGGGGCCGGGCCUUUUCCCGUUUUCCCGGUGGUUUUCCCUAUACUUUUCCUUAUUUUCCCAUUCAAGGCACCAAGUUCAGCCUCCCCCAUCCUGUAUCCAUAGCUGCCUGAUUGGAAAACCCAGGAAAACGGGAUUUGGGGGGGGUAAAGCAUUGCGGAUCCCACUCUGGAAUGGGCGGAAAAGCGGCGUUUUCCGGGUGUUUCCUUAGCGUUAUUAGGGAGUUUUCCCAUUCUCCGGGAUUUGGGGGCAGAAACAGGGAAAGGGAAUCCUGGGAAUGAGAAAAGCGACCCCAAACUUGAUGUUUUCAAACGAAAAGCGGGAAUUCUCUCGGUCGAAGAGGUGGGGUUUAGCGCAGCCAGGAUCCAUAAAUCCCCUUUUCCGGAGCUUGGGAACGCCGCGGCUCUCGGCAUUCCGGCAUUCCUCACCGCUUGCUCACCGCCAGCGCCCAAUUCCUCCUCUUUAACCCCCCAAUUCCCGCCGCCUCCUUCAUUCCUUCCCUUCUCCCUCAUCCCAAAGGGAGCCGCAGCCACUUGGGAAUGCCGGGAGCCGCCAAACGCUUCCCGGUUGCGUUUUGAUCCCGAGUUUCUCCCUUCCAAAGGCCUUAGAGAGCGAUGGGGAUUUAGGGAAUCCCUCUUCCGUAUGGAAAACACCCCCCAGCUCCUGGCGUUGGGGGGUUCUUUGCUUUUCCUGCCCUUCCAGAGCCCCAUUCCCGGCCUUGCGGCCGGAUCAGGGCAGCAAUAAGGGACGAUUCCCAUUUUCCCACUAUUUGGCGCUUUCCUUUUGGAUCUCUCCCUUAUCCCUAUAUAUCGAUGUGUAUUAAAUCCUGGGUUUGGGGGGCUCUUUAGCAUGGAAAUCUCGCUUUCUUCCAGCCAUCGGGAUCCUUAAAUCCACCUUUUCCCUCCCUUCCACCCGGAAAAUGGGAAAACGAGGAGAUUUUCCCUAUUUCCCCCCAAAACAGGGGCGCAGGACGGGGCUUCGCCUUCAUUUUACGUAGGAAAACCCCCACUUUAUCCCAUGGGAUGUGGCGCCGAGGGGGGGGUUCAGCCUUAUCCCAAUCCAUGGAAUUGGGGGGGGGUUUGGUGCCGGGAGCGGGGUUAAUCCUUGUUUUAGUGGGAUUUUGGGAUGGGGGAAGGUCAGAAUCAUUCCAAACCACCCCCCCCCACACCCCCCCAUUCCCGGUAUCCCGAAUUAUCCAUCCUAUAAAUAGUUUUGUACUUGUAUUUAUUGUGGAUAACGGCGUUUUUUAUCGGGAAUUCUGUACAUUUAGGACUUUGUAAAUUAAAAUGGUUUUUGCUUUCUAUAAA